AUGUCGGUCCCACGCGCCAUUCGCAAAAUCUUCCUCGCGGUUGAGCAGGCCGAGGGUGCCGGGGCCCGCGUACGCCGCUCCAUUGGCACGCCCCAGCUGCGCAAUCUCUCACCUUUCCUUAUGCUUGACCACUUCUCCAUUAAGCCCGGUGCCGGCUUCCCCGACCAUCCCCAUCGCGGCCAGGAGACCAUCACGUACCUCCUCCAGGGCGGCGUCGACCAUGAGGACUUUGCCGGGAACGCCGGCACCAUCGAGGCUGGAGAUUUGCAGUUCAUGACGGCCGGAAAAGGCAUCAUGCACGCCGAGAUGCCUAAGCAGAACCCCGACGGCAGCGCCAACGUCGGCCUCCAGCUGUGGGUCGAUCUGCCGCAGAAGCUGAAGGCGUGUGAGCCCCGCUACCGUGACCUCAAGGCGAAGGAGAUCCCCUCGGUUGACGUCGACGGCGGCAAGGCGCACAUCAAGGUCAUCUCGGGCCAAAGCCACGGCGUCGACUCGGUCCGCGACCUCGCCUACACGCCCGUCUGGAUCCUGGACCUGCAGGUCAAGCCCGGCGGCAAGGUCGCACAGCCGCUGCCUGCCAACUGGAACGCGUUCGCCUACGUUCUCGAGGGCCAGGCCCUAUUCGGCGCCGGCGACCAGCAGCGUCCCGUCGAGCAGUAUCACAACGUGGUGCUCGAGCAGGAGGGCGACGUCGUCAAUAUCGAGGUUGAUGCAGGUGCUGACAAGGACGCGCGCGUCGUGCUCAUUGCCGGCACACCUCUCGAUCAGCCGGUCGUGCAGUACGGGCCGUUUGUCCUGAGCUCCAAGGAGGAGGUCUACCAGGCGCUGCAGGAUUACCAGACACACUCGAAUGGGUUCGAGAGGGCCGAGGGGUGGCAGAGCGAGAUUGGAAAGUCCAUGAUCCACUGA